GCUGCCCCUUCGUUAUACUUAUAUCCAUAUUCAAACCAAACUUUCCACCAUAUUCAAACCAAACUUUCCACCAAACUUUCGAUCAUCAGUCGAUCUCUAAUAAUUUCUUGCAAUUUUUAGGCAUGUUGGUAAAGUACGUUCUUGCAUGUCUGAUGAUCUUUACUGCAAUUCCCAGCAGUAUUGCAUCCGAUCCUGACUCCCUGCAGGAUAUCUGUGUUGCUGUUGUUCCUUCUUCAGACAUAAAAGUAAACGGGUUUGUAUGCAAGGACGAUGCAAAUGUUACGGCAGAUGAUUUCUUCUUCGGUGGCCUAGUUAAACCAAAUGUUAUCAACACCUCGAUUGGGACAUUCAAUGCAACGUUGGCCAGCGUGCGAGAGAUUCCAGGCCUCAACACACUGGCGUUGUCGGUGGCGCGAAGUGACUAUUUGCCCGGGGGGCCUAGCUUCACUCCUCACUUGCACCCGCGCGCGGCCGAGCUUAUCUACGUUCUGGAGGGGCAAAUGAAUGUAGGCUUCAUCACCACAGCAAACAAGCUCAUCUCCAAGACCAUCAAGAAAGGUGAAGUCUUUGUGUUCCCUAAGGCUCUCGUCCAUUAUCAUUACAACGACGCCGCCGACGAGCACGCUUCUAUGAUCUCGGUCUUCGAUAGCCAAGGGCCCGGCAACCAAGUCAUUGCUACAUCACUUUUCGCGGCAACACCCCCCUUGCCGGAAGAUGUGUUGUCUUUGGCCUUUCAGGUGGAUAUCAAACAGAUUGAAAAAAUCAAAGAAAAUCUUAAGUUGGCCAAUCUUACUGUUACUUUUUGAUCCAUAUUAUAUAUGAUCAGAGAUGAAUAUGGCUAGCUAGUAGAUCUAGAUCAUAUAUUGGGGACGAUCUUUGAAUAAAACUCGAUUCAUGUAAUGAAUGAUCUGGUAUGCUAUCUAGUUCAAUGAUUAUCUAGUUCAAUGAAA